AUGCGUUCUACCACCUUCAAACUCACCCGAGACCGGGGCUCUCGAAGGCUCUACCGCCAGAAGUUGGUCUUGUUUAUCCUCAUCCUCUUUGCAGCUCUCCUGGCAUUCCCUCUAUUGCGACACGUACAAAACGACACUUGUUCGGCCUCUCCCUUUCUGCUUCGGGCAGGUCUGUGCAGCACGGCUUUUCACGCUCUGUGGAAUUUACUCCAUCACCUGGGUGGAAACGGUCCCUGGAUCCGCAAAAUAGACAGCGUUAACUAUUACGACUCACCCCUACCCAAAAAAUGCUCCAUUGAUCAAGUUCACAUGCUAUCACGGCAUGCUGAACGAUACCCGACCAAAUCUGCUGGCUUUCGCCACGUCGAUCUCCUCGGCCGACUUCAGGGUUCGGGGGUGAAUCUCACAGGGUCGCUGUCAUUUCUCAAAGAGUGGACAUAUUUUACAGAUCUCUCCAAUCCUGCAUUCGAGAAUUUAACUGCUACUGGCCCAUAUGCUGGAACACGACAAGCCGCUAACACAGGCAGAAUUUUGCGGCAGCGGUACAACCAUCUGGUAGCCGACGGCCGCAGGACAAAUUUCUGGUCUUGCAGCUCCCCACGGGACGUCGAGACUGCAGAACAUUUCGCCAAUGGAUUCUUUGGGCCAGACUGGAAAUCUGAUGGUUCGGCGGAGCUGGUGAUCAUUCCCGAGGACGAAGACCGAGGGGCGAAUACGCUUACCCCAGGAGAUACGUGCCUCAACUACCGCGACGACAAAGUCCAUGGUCACGAUCAUGGAUAUGCGAAGCUGGCAGAGUGGCAGAGCACAUUUUCCCAAGCCAUCGCCGAGAGACUCGCUAACGACGCAGAGGGAAUGAUAUUCAAGCCCCUGGAAAUCUAUGGCAUGAUGGAAAUGUGCGGAUUUGAGAUCCUGGCGAGGGGAAAGAGCCCCUGGUGCGAUGUGUUCGAGCAACAUGAGUGGCUCGAGUUCGAAUAUGCGCGAGACUUGCUGCAUUACUAUCGAGCUGGCCCAGGCAACAAGUUUGGUGCAGUAUUGGGUUGGUUGUGGCUCAAUGCGACCCAGCAACUCAUGUCGAACCACUCGUCCAAAGACGUCUAUUUCAGCUUUGUCCAUGACGGCGACAUUAUCCCUGCACUGGCCACUCUGGGAAUCUUUAAUGAGCCUUUGGAACUGAGUCAUCUCCCUACUGACCGGCUGCUGACCGAGCGGAAAUGGAAGACGAGUGACGUGGUCCCAAUGGGCGGGCGGUUGAUAUUCGAACGUAUAACUUGCGCGACAAAUGGAGACAUAACCACAUCCGGCCGAGAGCAUGCCGUACGGCUCUUUAUCAAUGACGGCCUGGUCGACUUGGCCAAGUUGACCGACAUGGUCCCAUUCAGCCAAGUAGAAGGUGCUGUCUCGUUGGAAAGCUUCCAAAACACCUUGUCGGCCAAGGGAACACAGCUUGGGGAUUUUCGAGAAAUCUGCGCGUUGCCAGACGACGCACCAGAUAGGAUCGAUUUUUUGCAUCAAUAG